CACAACACAUCUUUCUCACCUUUAACUGAUAAAUAUUAAUCAACCUGAAGCAGUUGUUGGUUCCAAAUUAGUCUCAUCCUUUACUAAUUAAUUACGAUGACUGCCAAUAAUCAAUUAUAUCAUAGCAUUUCAUUGUCAUUGCUUUUAUGUUUGGGAUUGUUUGCUAUUCAAGUCACUUCUCGUACUCUCCAAGAUGACUCCAACAUAUAUGAGAAGCAUGAACAAUGGAUGGUUCACUAUGGCAAAGUCUAUAAGGAUCUUCAAGAAAGAGAGAAUCGUUUAAAGAUAUUCAAAGAAAACGUAAAUUACAUUGAAGCUUCCAACAAUGCUGGCAAUAACAAGUUAUACAAAUUAGGCAUUAAUCAAUUUGCAGACCUCACCAACGAGGAGUUCAUAGCAUCUAGAAACAAAUUCAAAGGUCAUAUGUGCUCCUCAAUCACAAAGACAAGUACUUUUAAGUAUGAAAAUGCAAGUGUUCCAUCAACAGUGGAUUGGAGAAAGAAAGGAGCAGUAACACCAGUGAAGAACCAAGGUCAAUGUGGAUGUUGUUGGGCAUUUUCUGCUGUUGCGGCAACCGAAGGAAUCCAUAAGUUGAGUACUGGGAAGUUGGUCUCUUUAUCGGAACAAGAACUUGUUGAUUGUGACACAAAAGGUGUAGACCAAGGUUGUGAGGGUGGUCUUAUGGAUGAUGCUUUCAAAUUCAUCAUUCAAAAUCAUGGACUCAACACUGAAGCUCAAUACCCCUAUCAAGGUGUUGACGGAACUUGCAGUGCAAACAAAGCAUCCAUCCAUGCAGUUACUAUUACCGGGUAUGAAGAUGUCCCUGCCAACAAUGAGCAGGCACUGCAGAAAGCUGUGGCAAAUCAACCAAUUUCCGUAGCUAUUGAUGCUAGUGGGUCUGACUUUCAGUUUUACAAAAGUGGUGUCUUUACUGGUUCAUGUGGAACUGAGUUGGACCAUGGUGUCACAGCCGUAGGUUAUGGUGUCGGUAAUGAUGGAACCAAGUAUUGGUUGGUUAAGAAUUCAUGGGGAACUGAUUGGGGUGAAGAAGGAUACAUUAAGAUGCAAAGGGGAGUCGAUGCAGCCGAAGGACUUUGUGGCAUUGCAAUGGAAGCAUCUUACCCUACUGCUUAACUUCCAAACUUAAUGCGUAUGUUACCUAAACUAUGUAAAUUAUGCUAAAUUAAUGUGGUUGUUCUUCCAUUUAGCAGCUACAUAGAAUGUGAUUUGCGAUUUAUGUAUAUACUUGUGUAUCUAUUAAUACAAUUAAGGAAUCAAGAGUAAA